CAGCAGAGGAUUGUUCAGUGGUACUCACACUUCACUCACUCUGCACACACACACUGGGUGGUCUCACACUCACCAAACUCCUAAAAACACACGCAAGCGAAUUUUUGGUUAAGCCUGUGAAGAUGCCUUGUGUCAGCGUUCAACUCGACCAGAUGGUGAAGUUGCCUAAUAGCUACGACUCUGUGGUUGAUAAAGUCAUCGCGGUGGACCAGAUCCUGUCCGAGUUCAGGCUGAAUAAAGAAGACCUGAAAGAGAUCAUGAAGAGGAUGCAGCGUGAAAUGGAGAGAGGAUUGCGUUUGGAGACACAUGAAGAGGCUAGCGUUAAAAUGCUUCCAACUUAUGUCUGCUCCACCCCUGAAGGAUCAGAGGUUGGUGAUUUCUUGGCUCUGGACCUGGGAGGCACAAACUUCCGUGUGAUGCUUGUGAAAGUGGGUGAAGACGAAGAGAGGAGCUUCAAGGUUGAAACAAAGAACCAAAUGUACUCCAUUCCUGAAGAUGCCAUGACAGGAACUGCUGAAAUGCUAUUCGACUACAUAGCAGAGUGUAUGUCAGAUUUCUUGGACAAACACCACAUCAAGCACAAGAAGCUUCCUCUGGGUUUCACGUUCUCCUUUCCAGUACGACAUGAGGACAUUGACAAGGGAAUCCUGCUUAACUGGACCAAAGGCUUCAAGGCCUCCGGUGCAGAAGGGAACAAUGUUGUGGGUUUACUCAGAGACGCCAUCAAGAGACGAGGGGACUUUGAGAUGGAUGUGGUUGCCAUGGUGAAUGACACAGUUGCCACGAUGAUUUCCUGCUAUUAUGAAGAUCGCAGCUGUGAAGUCGGGAUGAUUGUUGGUACUGGUUGCAAUGCAUGUUACAUGGAGGAAAUGAGGACUGUGGAGCUGGUUGAAGGGGAGGAGGGCCGGAUGUGUGUGAACACAGAAUGGGGGGCUUUCGGAGACAACGGGGAGCUAGAGGACUUUAGACUGGAGUACGACAGAGUGGUGGACGAAGCCUCAAUUAACCCCGGACAGCAGCUAUAUGAGAAGCUUAUCAGUGGGAAGUACAUGGGUGAACUGGUGAGGCUUGUUAUGAUGAAGCUUGUAAAUGAAGACCUGCUAUUUAAUGGUGAAGCCUCAGAGCUGCUGAAGACACGUGGAAGCUUUGAGACACGCUAUGUCUCACAGGUGGAGAGUGACACUGGGGAUAGAAAACAAAUCUACAACAUCCUGUCCUCGCUGGGAGUUCUGCCCUCAGAGCUUGACUGUGACAUUGUGCGUCUGGUCUGCGAGAGUGUUUCCACUCGCUCUGCUCACAUGUGCGCCGCAGGGCUUGCUGGUGUCAUCAACCUGAUGCGGGAGAGACGCAGCGAGGAAGCCAUGAAGAUCACAGUGGGCAUCGAUGGAUCUGUCUACAAGUUGCACCCAUGUUUCCGUGACAGGUUCCACAAAGUCGUCAGGGACCUAACACCUCACUCUGAUAUCACCUUCAUCCAGUCAGAGGAGGGGAGCGGUCGUGGAGCCGCUCUUAUCUCAGCAGUGGCCUGUAAAAUGGCUACAAAUCUGUUCGCGGAUUAAGGGCAAUUAUGCACUGAUCAGUCUCCUGAAUGCGCAGUGAUGAGGAAAGCUUGAACUCUGAUGGGAGGAUAUUUAUGAAAUCCACUGAUGUGCCCUUACUACAGGCUGUUUGUAAGAAAACUGAUUGGUUAUUGUUGUAGGGUGUAAAGACAAGAAUGGAUCAACCUCUUAUUAGAGGCUGCACUUGGUAGUAUCCCACCAGGCUUUAGCAAAUCCAUAAUUUCUGAACUUUCUGAACGUUGAUUGUUGCACAUAAGACAGACGUUAGUGUGAGAGCUGUUUAAGAUUCAUACUUCUGUGUCACCUCCGUCUGGUUGUGUGGAUGGGAGUAUUUCAUGAAGGACUUAUGUAGUAUUGAUGACAGUGUAUUAUAAUGCCAGUUUUGUAAAUACGGCUGUAAAUUAUAACUAAAUCAAGUUUAUUAGUUUGUUGUGUAAUUCCUGUUUGUGAGCAAUUAAAUAUAUCUUUGGUAUUGUAUAUUUAAAUGUUAUGUUUACAAAUUUUGUUACUGUGUUACCUAGUAUAGUGUUGUUCUUUAAAUGUGCUUUGGAUGUGAAUAAACCUAACUGUAAAUAAAAGUACUUAAUAAACUAUAA